AGCUGCUGAACCUUGCUCGAGUAAACCGUACGAGCCAACAGUUGCAGCUGUCAUGAGGUGGUUCUCGGGGGCACUGGGCCCCCCAGUCUCCGGGCAGUGCACCCCUUCAUUUUGGUGAACCGUGGAGAAGGGCAGAAGUGUGUGAGGGGAAUACAGACCUUCUGGUUCCCCAAGGACCCAGACUGACUUCUGGUUACAAGGUGACCACUGCCACCAGGUCAGGGCAGGACUCCUCAAAUGUAGACGGGUAGAGGCGCGCCUCGCUUGGAGAACCAGCCUCACCGUCCGCGGAGAAAGAAGGGGAGCGGCGGCUGCGCUCGGCGGGGACAGCGCCCCCACCGAGCGCGCGCGGCGCUCGGUCCUCACCUGGAGCGCUCAGGUAGGGCUUGGGCGGGGCGGGAGCCUGGCGCGCAGGCGCGGGACGGGGGCCUCGCCCCUGCCGACGUCGCAGGCUGGAGCUCACCUGGGAGACUCCAAGAGGAAGGGGAGCCUCGGUUCGGCCUCUCCUGGCAACGCAGGAGACCCAGCGGGAAGGCAGGAGGCGGCGGCGGCAGAGGCGGAGCUGGACUGAGCGGCAACUGUAGCGACAGCAACCGGAGGCGCCGCCGCCGCCACCACCUGCACCUGGCGCCCGGCCCAAGUCCAGCGCCCGCCCGGCCGCUGCUUCCCGCCGUCCUGCCGUGCCCACCCGCCAGCACUUCCCAGAAGCGGCCGGCAGAGGCCCCUCCCCCGCCGUCUAUCCUCCCGAAUAUCGCCUCGGAUUCACUUCUCCGCACGUCCUACCUUCCAGUAUUACCAUUUAAUGAAAUCUUCUUGCCAGCAGCUCUAUGAUAAAAAAUAUAAGUAACAGAGGAAACUAUAACUGUUAUUUGUCAAGUGGCAAGCUUUUAAUGUCAGAAUGGCUCACAUAAAGCGACUAGUAAAAUUACAUCUUAAAAGACAUUAUCAUAAAAAGUUCUGGAAGCUUGGUACAGUAAUUUUUUUCUUUAUAAUAUUUUUGAUUUUAAUGCAAAGAGAAGUAAGUGUUCAAUAUUCCAAAGAGGAAUCAAAGAUGGAAAGAAAUAUAAACAAAAACAAGAUGUUUGAUUUAAUGUUAGAAGCUGUAAACAAUAUUAAAGACGCAAUGCCAAAAAUGCAAAUAGGAGCACCUGUCAGGCAAAGCAUUGAUGCUGGUGAGAGACCCUGUUUGCAAGGAUAUUAUACAGCAGCAGAAUUGAAACCAGUUCUUGACCGCCCACCUCAGGAUUCCAAUGCACCUGGUGCUUCUGGUAAAGCAUUCAAGACAACCAAUUUAAGUGUUGAAGAGCAGAAGGAAAAAGAACGUGGAGAAGCCAAACACUGUUUUAACGCUUUUGCAAGUGACAGGAUUUCUUUACACCGAGAUCUUGGACCAGACACUCGACCUCCUGAAUGUAUUGAACAAAAAUUUAAGCGCUGUCCUCCCCUGCCUACCACCAGUGUCAUAAUAGUUUUUCAUAAUGAAGCCUGGUCCACGCUGCUUAGAACUGUCCACAGUGUGCUUUAUUCUUCCCCCGCCAUACUGCUGAAGGAAAUCAUUUUGGUGGAUGAUGCUAGUGUAGAUGAGUACUUACAUGAUAAACUAGAAGAAUAUAUAAAACAAUUUUCUAUAGUAAAAGUAGUCAGACAAAGAGAGAGAAAAGGUCUGAUCACUGCAAGGUUGCUAGGAGCAGCAGUUGCAACAGCUGAAACACUCACAUUUUUAGAUGCUCACUGUGAGUGUUUCUAUGGCUGGUUAGAACCUUUGUUGGCUAGAAUAGCCGAGAACUACACAGCAGUUGUGAGUCCGGAUAUUGCAUCCAUAGAUCUAAACACGUUUGAAUUCAACAAACCUUCUCCUUAUGGAAGUAAUCACAACCGUGGAAACUUUGACUGGAGUCUUUCAUUUGGCUGGGAAUCGCUUCCUGAUCACGAGAGGCAAAGAAGGAAAGAUGAAACCUACCCAAUUAAAACACCCACUUUUGCAGGAGGCCUUUUUUCCAUAUCAAAAGAAUAUUUUGAAUAUAUUGGAACUUACGAUGAAGAGAUGGAAAUCUGGGGAGGUGAAAAUAUAGAAAUGUCUUUCAGAGUAUGGCAAUGUGGUGGGCAGUUGGAGAUUAUGCCUUGCUCUGUUGUUGGACAUGUUUUUCGCAGCAAAAGCCCUCAUACGUUUCCAAAAGGCACUCAGGUGAUUGCUCGCAACCAAGUUCGCCUUGCAGAAGUCUGGAUGGAUGAAUACAAGGAAAUAUUUUAUAGGAGAAACACAGAUGCAGCAAAAAUUGUUAAACAAAAAUCAUUUGGUGAUCUUUCAAAAAGACUUGAAAUAAAGCACCGCCUUCAAUGUAAAAAUUUUACAUGGUAUCUGAACACUAUUUAUCCAGAAGCAUAUGUGCCAGACCUUAAUCCUGUUAUAUCUGGAUAUAUUAAAAGCGUUGGUCAGCCUCUGUGUCUGGAUGUUGGAGAAAAUAAUCAAGGAGGCAAACCGUUAAUUUUGUACACGUGUCAUGGACUCGGGGGAAACCAGUAUUUUGAAUACUCGGCUCAACAUGAAAUUCGGCAUAACAUCCAGAGGGAAUUAUGUCUUCAUGCUGCUCAAGGUCUUGUUCAGCUGAGAGCGUGUGCCUACAAAGGUCACAGGACAGUGGCCAGUAGAGAACAGAUAUGGGAGAUCCAGAAGGAUCAACUUCUAUAUAAUCCAUUCUUAAAAAUGUGCCUUUCAGCAAAUGGAGAGCAUCCGAGCUUGGUGUCAUGCAAUCCAUCAGAUCCACUCCAAAAAUGGAUUUUUAGCCAAAAUGAUUAAGUGUUCCUUAAAAUUAAGGAGUUGAAAAAGGAGAUAUUCUUUCUCAUAAAACUGUGACUAGGCAUACACUGUAGUUUUUGAAAAUUAUGCAAAAGCAGCUAAUUGUAACUUAUUCCAAGUGCAUUUUUCUUAUUUAUAUCUUAAAAUGUCUAUGUAGCACUGCUACAGAAAUCUUUUAAGUUGCUGUUUCAAAGCACAAUAACUAAUAAUACCAAAGACUAUUUUGAAAUGUCAAGAUGUAGGGGAAGAGAUGUUUACAGUAUGAUGAAAAUAAUUUUCUAAGUAAAGUGAUGUACGUGUGUUUUGUACACUUAAAGAUAUGCAUAGCUACAUUCACACACUCACAAUUUAAAAUAUUUCUUCUAGUUUUUUGGGGGGUGGGAGAAAGAUUUGAUACCAUAUUUUUUUUAACUACAUAGAAAAGGAUCAGUGAAGGUCAAGCAUUGACCUUUGUGUACAAACCAGGAAAUUUUUAUAGAUCUAGAAUUUAUUAUAUAAAAAUGCAAGUAAACUUUUUUUGCCUUUUGUUUACUUAUCUGUCGUAGGUUUCCUUAAACAUGAAAUUAAAUGAAUAAGAAGAAUAUUUUUAACACUUCAGUAUCUUGGCAAAUUUUAAAAUAUUUUUUAGUUGAAGCCCACUUGACUUAAAGCACUUAAAUCUUGUUUAAAAGAUAUUUCUUAAAUAACUAUACUGUGUGUUUUCCCAAAGCAAUAUUUAAAAAAAAAAACUAUAAAGUACUAUCUGUUGAAAAGGUGUCUUUUUCCUUUCUGUUAGUCUUUUUUUCUUACCAAAAUUCACUAAUCUUGAAUGUUUGUGAAAUUGAAUUUCAAAUGCAGAAUAUCUGACUCAUUUAAAAGCUAAAUUUUAUUUGUUACUGAUUCAAUUUAGAUUGUCUUUGUAAAGAAUUUUUUUCAUCAAAAAAACCCUUCUAUGUGGAAAACACAAUAAAAUGAAUCCUUACCACUGUUA